CCCUGCACGUAAAUCUGUUAUCCCCGCGCAAAACAGCACAAAUUCCACUGUCACUGCUAAGCUACGCCUCUCAUCUUCUUCCUCCACCCUCCACCUUCCACUUUUCCCAAAUUCUCACAUUUCAUUCAAACAGUCCCUCCCCUACACCCCCGGCGCAAUGGAGCUUCACCUUGUCGACCCAGCUAACCUGCGCCUCUUCUCCUCCAUUCAUCAUCCCAGAACCCCAAAAUUCUCCACCAUUAAAUCAUCAAAGAAAGACUCAAUAACCACCUCAAAGGGCCUUCAGAAGAGUUCCCAGAAGGAACUCUCAAGAAUUCUCAGGAGUGAGGCGGCUACAAAAAACAUAGUGAAGAAAGCAAAUUCUAAUAAAUAUAAUAAUCUCAAUCCAAAAGCUGUUUUGGAUGCCUUGGAUGAUGCCAUUAAAGGGAAUGAUUGGGAAUCUGCUCUUAAGAUUUUCAGCCUACUACGUAAGCAACGCUGGUACAUACCAAAAGGCCAGACAUAUACAAAAUUAUUGGUAAUGCUUGGCAAGUGUAAUCAGCCAAAUCAUGCUGGCUUGCUUUUUGAGAUAAUGGAGUCCGAUGGGCUUCAACCGACAAUUGAUGUUUACACUGCACUUGUGGGUGUCUACGGCUUUAGUGGCCUCCUUGACAAGGCGUUUCAUACUGUUGAUGAAAUGAAGUCGGUUUCUGAUUGCAAGCCUGAUGUGUAUACUUACUCAAUCCUUAUCAAAUGUUGUGCUAAACUUCGUCGAUUUGAUAUGAUUGGGAUAAUUUUAGCUGAGAUGUCAUAUUUAGGAAUUGAAUGUAACGCUACAAUAUACAAUACUGUAAUAGAUGGGUAUGGUAAGGCUGGGCUUUUUGAACAGAUGGAACACGCAUUGUCAGACAUGAUUGAAAGUGGCACAUGCCUUCCGGACAUAUAUACUUUCAACUCAGUUAUUGGGGCUUUUGGCAACUUUGGACAGAUUGAUAAAGUAGAGAGUUGGUUUGAUCAAUUUCAGCUAAUGGGAAUAAAGCCAGAUAUUAUGACGUUUAAUAUACUUGUCAGAUCAUAUGGUAAAGCAAGCAUGUAUGAGAAAAUGGGUUCUGUUCUGGACUUUAUGAAGAAAAGGUUUUAUUCUCCUACAAUUGUUACUUUUAACAUUGUCAUUGAGACAUAUGGAAAGGCUGGAAAUGUUGAGAAAAUGGAAGAAUAUUUCCUGAAAAUGAAGCAUCAAGGAAUGAAACCUAAUUCAAUAACUUACUGCUCCCUGGUUAGCGCUUACAGUAAAUCUGGGCUUUUGGACAAAGUUGAUUCAAUUAUCAGGCAAGCAGACAAUACUGAUGUGAUAUUAGACACCCCAUUUUUCAACUGUGUCAUCAGUGCCUAUGGCCGGGCUGGGAAUAUAGAGAAAAUGGUUGAACUGUUUUCAGCAAUGGAGGACCAACAAUGCAAACCAGACAGCAUAACCUUUGCUUCUAUGAUCCAAGCUUAUCAAGAACAAGGAAUGAUUGAAGCUGCUCAAGAAUUGGAGCAUAAGAUGUUAAUGUGCAGUGGUAGUUCAGAAGUAAAGCUGAUUGGAAGCUGGCAUCACUAAGUGGUUCAAGAGUUGAUAUUGAUAUAAAGUAUUCUGUCUGAGCUAGGAAAGGAAGAAUUUGGUGGCAGUCUCUCAUUUUGUAAGUGCCUUUCCCUUUCCAUUCUCUAUAUAUGCAUUGGCUUUUAUGUCCCUGUCCUAUGAGGCUCUAUGCAUUGUGCCCAAAGUCUAGGUAAAAGGAAAAAUUUUCCCUUUUCUUUUUAAUCCAACCAUGCUUUACUGUAUAUUAUUUCCAUAUCCACCUCUAAAUGAUUGCUUUGCAAAUUGGAAAAAGAUUUUUACAUAUGAUUGUUAUCUGAUGCUGAUGACUAAUUCCCAGCUAGCUGCACAAAGAGUGAGUUACUGAAUGCCUUCAGAUGCUAACUAAUAAAUAAAGAUAAUACUUUGGGAGAUUGCAAUCAUAAUUCCUCUGUUUCUCUCUUUCUCCGCCUUUGUGCUUUCUUUAUUUUGGAACUUCAUUGAUUCAAAGAAAUAUGCAAAUGAUUUGAGAACUAUGGUCAGAAGAUGAGGGGAUUUACAUGAAUCAGUUAAUGGCUUGGUAAGCUGUUGUUUUUGGUCAACAUUAUCUUGUUUAUCUCUGGUUCAGGGAUUACAGUCAGUAGAUAGUAUACUUCGAGAACAAUCAGAAGAGUGCUAGGUUCUGUAGGUGUGAAGGUCAGAGGAUCAAAGCGGUAAAAUUUUGUGCUUGUUGCAAUUAUUUUGGUUUUUGGGAUUUGGGUUAUAAAACAUAAACAUUCAACCAGCUUUCUUGGCCCGCUCGCACAACAAUUUACAUAAUGGGAAGAUUUUUCGCAGAUUUGAUAUGUGUAAGGGGUAUUCGAUUUCAAUUUUUCUAAAAAACAUGGUUCAAUCAGUUGAUAGAUUAUCUUUUUAUAACAGGACUGCACAUUUUUCUAGUGAAAACAUCUCUUAGGUUGAUAGUCUACUCUUGACGCCACUACUAUGUAGUUAUAGUGCUUUUUACAGAUUGAUUUGGGACUCAAUCCCCUGGUAGAAGCAAUGCCCUAAACAUAUCAGAUUGGCCGAUUAGUUGGUUGAAGACCACUAAGUGGUGUGCAAUGAAGAUCUUGGCUGAAUUGGUGACUGACUUAUUAAGAUUCCAGUCCAACUUACGGAAGUGGGAGAAUGUCAUGAUUCUGUGGCCUGCAUUUGCUGCCAUUAUGAAAGCAUACUUCUGGUGAAGGAUGCCAAGCUGCUCUGCAUUCAGAGGGUAAGAUGGUGUACAACAUGGCUGCUUAAGGAUAAAAUCACAAAUAACAAUGGAAAAGCCAAAACCAGGUUAAGACUCCAGUGUACACAAAUUAAACCAGAUAUAUUCCAUUCUACACACACAGGGUUUGGAUGAAUUGGGUCUCGUGAACAAGCAGUAUGAAGCAGCUUCAACAGAAUUCAAAAAUCAAUUAGCUUCUUGUGGGGUUGAAGUCCUGAACAGAAAUAACAGCUUGCUUCUGUAAAGGACCACUUGCAGUGUGAAAUUCGGCUGUGCCAUUUUGUCAGCUGUUCGGUUAAGCCUCCAGCAUACACAAAUUAAACUAGACAUAUUCCAUUCUAGACACGGGAUUUGGAGAAUUGGAUCUCAUGAACAAGAAGUAUGAUGCAGCUUCGACAGAAUUCAAAAAUCAGUUAUCUUCUUACGGGGUUGAAGUCCUGAACAGAAAAAACUGGUUUCUGUAAAGGACCAGUUGCAGUGCGAAACCGGCUGUGCCAUUUUGUCAGAUGUUCUACACUGGUGAUGAGUACUAAAUUGCAGAGUAUUAUUUACUCAGUGUGUGAGUUCUCAUUCUCUCUUUCCUUUGUUUUAUCUGUGAAUAACUGUUCACGUUCACUUGGUGUUAUGGUGAACCUAAACCACGAGUUCAUUUCUCUGCGACACACUCAGAGUUAGUUUUGGAGAACUGAGUAGAAUAAAACAAGUUUUAGUUAAGUUCGGAUGGUGUCUUACUUGCAACACGUUGAUAAGAUAUUUUACUUUUAUUUCCUUUGAGCAUAAAGAAUGGUUAAGAAAUGGUUUAUUAUAU